AUGUACUCUCUCUCUCUCUCUCCCCUAUGCUCUCGUCAUAAUCUUUUCAUGUCCUCUCUCUCUUUCUCUCUGUAUAUAUAUAUAUAUAUAAUCACUCUCUGUCUCUCUCUCUCUCACUCUUUUAUUUUGAAUUUUCUCUCUCUUCAAACCACCGGAGUAAGCAAAAUGAAGCACCUUAUCCGCCGCCUCUCUCGCGUCGCCGACUCCUCCUCCGAAUUCUCCCUCCGCCGAUCUGCCUCCUCCUUCCGCACACGACGCGGCCAUCACCGUCCACACGCGCCGCCUCCGUGGUCGAUUUGUCCGGCGAGACGAGUCAACACCGUCCCCGCCGGUCACGUCCCUGUCUACGUCGGCGAGGAGAUGGAGAGGUUCGUGGUGAGCGCUGAGCUACUGAACCACCCGAUCUUCGUCGGUUUGCUCAACAGAUCCGCUCAGGAAUACGGUUACGCACAGAAAGGAGUCCUCCACAUCCCCUGCCACGUCGUCGUCUUCGAGCGCGUGGUGGAAACGCUCCGGUUUGGGUUUAACGAGCACGGCGAGGUUCAGGAUCUCGUCGCUUCUUUGCUCUCCGGCGAUGAGUUGAUAACUGGAACUACAGAGUAGCUUUUGACAUCAUCCAAUAUCACAUAUUCUCCGACUUUUUCAAUUUCUGUCUUUCUUGAAAUUUCUCGGUUUUUUGUAAAUAUUUUAUACUCCCUUAGUUUUUCUUCGUAUUUCUUAGAUUUUAUCGAUUGUUGCUCAGUCUCUGAUUUAGCUUGUCGAGAAACAGAAAUUACUUAAAGUUCAAAAUUUCAAAUCAAAUCGAGAUUGAAACUCCAGAAAUUGA